UCGAAACUAAACAUGCAGGAACUGAAUUAGAAUGCAGUAGGCACUGCGUUGCUCAUGAAUCAUGUGUGUCAGUAAACUACAAAACCUCUGGAGCCGGUAAAGGUCGAUGUGAGCUCAACAGCAAAACCCUUCAAGACACAUCUGACGAUGAUGAAAGUACGAGAAAUCGCGAGUUCAAACAUCUUUAUAUGAUCAAAAAGAUAUCUUCGAAAUCAAUUCCAACAAGUAACCCGAAGCUUAAGUUGUCACAAAGCCCCUCCAAAGAAAAUUCAAAUGAUGCCAACAAAUCGUGCAGGAUUUUACGAACAAAAUAUCCAUCAUCUGAUAGUGGAAAGUAUUCCAUAAAGCCUGAAGGACUAAACCUCACGGUUCGAGUAUUUUGUGACAUGGUUUCAAAGAAUGGUGUUGGUGUGACAGAGAUUGGACAUGACAGUGAAUCGAGAACAUUAGUUAACGGAUAUAAUCCUCCAGGUUCUUACAAAAGAAAGAUUAAAUAUAACAUUUCCAUGGAGCAGAUUGUCGCGAUUAUCAAGCAGUCGAAGAAUUGUGAGCAGUUUAUAAAAUAUGAAUGUUUUGGUAGCAUGUUGUUGACUGAUUCCGACGGAUGGUGGGUAUCACGUCAAGGUUCAAACAUGACUUACUGGGGUGGAGCGGCAGUCGAUAGUGGAAAGUGUUCAUGUGGAAUGACCAACAGCUGUGCAGGUGGAAAAAAAUGUAAUUGUGACAUGAAUGACUACGCAUGGCGUGAAGACAGUGGAUACCUGACAGACAAGAACACGCUGCCUGUUACUGAACUGAGAUUUGGCGAUACAGGUAUACUUGACGGUUUCAAUGAGCGUGGUUAUCAUGCGCUGGGUAAAUUACGCUGCUGGGGAUAAGAGAUCGAACAUCAAACCUGAUA